GCGCCGCACGUGACCUCACAGCUGAUUUCCUGGCCCCCCCCCCCCACCCUUUUUGUUGCUGCCGCCGCCGCCGAGUGUCAGCUUCAGCGCCGUCGCCUGCGGUCUCCCAGGCCGUAACUACCCGACCGCCUGCCGCCUGCGCCCGCGCUCCAGCCCCGCCGCGCGCCUGAGCUUUCCCCGCGCGCCCCGGCCCCCGCCGGCCGCGCCGCAGCCCCGCGCGCAGAUGGCGCACUCGGCUGCCGCCGUGCCGCUGGGCGCGCUGGAGCAGGGCUGCCCCAUCCGCGUGGAGCACGACCGCCGGCGCCGCCAGUUCACUGUCCGGCUCAACGGAUGUCAUGACCGGGCCGUCCUGCUCUAUGAGUACGUGGGCAAGCGGAUCGUGGACCUGCAGCACACCGAGGUCCCAGAUGCCUACCGUGGGCGCGGCAUCGCCAAGCACCUUGCCAAGGCCGCCCUGGACUUCGUGGUGGAGGAGGACCUGAAGGCCCAUCUCACCUGCUGGUACAUCCAGAAGUACGUCAAGGAGAACCCCCUGCCGCAGUACCUGGAGCGCCUGCAGCCGUAACCCUGGCCUGCAGGCGGGAGCGCUCCCUGCCGGACUCUUCCACGUGGCCUUUGCCUGGCCCCACGUGCUCUCAGGAACCUGGUCCCACUGGGAACAGACUCAGAGUUAUUUUUGUAAGGACACUCAUCUGUGCCCCACAUCCAGAUCCCUGGAGGCAGCUGACCAAUGAUGGGCGGUGACCCGGUAACCGAGGCGGCAAGGAGGCCAGGUAGUCCCGGCAGCUCUCACUCUGCAGAGACCAGCGGCUUCGUGGGAGGCCUGUGGGUUGCACGUAGGGGCUAGAGCCAGCCUGCAUCCUGCCCACCGGGCUCCACUUGGAGAUCAGCAGGAGGGCCAGUGCGGGACCCCUGCUGCCACCUCUCCUGGGCCUGUGUCCUUUCUGGAAAUUAAGAAGGUGUGCUCCAGAGCCAAGAGGAGCAAUAAGAAACCUAGUGUGCCAGCUUCUGAGGGUGGCAGUGCCAGACCCCACCUGCCAGCAGUGCUGCCCCUUUCUCAGACCCCCAUGCCCAGUGCAGGCAGGGCCCUGGAAAGGGUCAGCUCUCCCUGACAGAGACCAGCAGAGUGAAGGACUGAGCACUGGCCAGGCUCAACCGUACGUGCGGUUCACACAUGUGAACACACAGGAUGCGGUCUACAGGCGGGCUGGUGGUGGGUGCCGGGGGUGUUUUCCUCUCCUUGGUACCCCCAUGUUUUUUUUGGCCUCUCGUGUAGGUUCUGCAGGAAACCAAGGCCCCAUCCCCAUGGGCUGCUAUCCCCUAUACCCCUGUCUGCCAGGAGGAGAUCCAAGGGGGCCUGAGCAGCUGCAGGCCUGCCCCUUGCUGGCCUUGGCCACCUGCCUGAGCCUUCUCCGAGGAGAUGCCUUGGAGCUGGGGUGGGAGUGAAGCUGACUAUUCUCCAAAAACCACCCUCAGCAUCCAGGAGGAAGAAACAUCAGCCACAGGGGUUUCUGUGCUACUGCCAGACAUCAGUGUCCUCUUUUGUGGCUGGCUACAGCCGGAUACACUUUGCUGCCCAUCUGGCCCUGGGCUCCUCCCCAACCCAGCCUUCCUGGGUGCAGCCUGGGAGACACACCAGCAUGCUUUGGUGGGACCAGCCUUUCCAGGGCAUGCUGGCUUCCCCUGGGGCUGACUCAGGUCCUGCCCUCUUGUGUCAGCGCUAACAAGGGUCAGAUUCGUCCCUGCCCUUCUGUAGAGCUGGAGGGUGACCUGGAGCCAGGGGCCCUUUAGGGCUGAGACAUUUGUUAGUCGGAGUGAUGCAUCCCUACCAGGCUUCGGCGGGAGUCAGGCUGGGCUCUGGGCAGUACAGGGAGAGGUUGACCAGGACCCCCAUGCCUUCCUCCCCCGGUGCAGGGGCAGUGGUCGCCAUGCUGACUCCUCCCUUUGACUCCAUGCACGGGCGCUGGCUGGCCUGUGGUUGCAUUUCCCACUCACCUCCUUGCUAUCCCCAGUCUUGGCACCGAGACCCCCCACAUUCCUUCUCCAGCAACAGCAGCCCAGGGGCCUUCCUGCCUGGACGCAGGACCAUGGAGACCUGCAUGUGCAGGGAGGCCUGGCAGCCUGCCGAUGGGGGUCCCCGAGCCCCGGAGUCUCCUCGAAACCCCUGCUGUGGGUCACAGCAUGGACCAGCAGGGGUCACCAUCCUGAGUACCCCCCACAUCCCUGCCCCUUGACCUGUGGCAGAUGCUCCUGCCCUGGCCUCCAGGAAGUCAGCUCUUUUGCAAAGGGCUUGUGUGAGAGGUUGGAGAAAGCCCUGGGCCUCCAGGGAGAUGCAGCUGGCAGGAGGUGGGCUGAGCUGCUCCGGGGCUAGGGGUGGCCCAUUGCUGGCAGAAUUUAAGGAAAGAGCAGGUUGUAGGCACGGAGGAUGGGCAGCCAGGCCUGGGCCUUCCCCUUACUGUCCCGGGGCAGCAGGGCUAGGGGCCUCUUUUACCCUCCCUAAGGUCACCCCCUUCCCAUCCACAUGUCCCUCCCCAAGUUCAAGCACAUAGUCCAUCAUGACCACCCAGGAGCUCAGUGAGCUGGGGCCAUGUCCCUGUGGCCUCCAGCCCAUCCGCAGGAGGGUCCCUUGCAGUGGCAGCACAAAGAGUCCCCCACAGGAAGCCCCUGAGGGCCAGCAUGGACCUUGAGAGCCAGGAGGGAAUGGGCCUGGUGCCACUCUGUUCCCACUCCCACCUAAGAUUCCUACCCCUGUGUUCUAGCAGGUGACUCUCGAUCUGGCCAGCCCACAACAAAUACUUGAACUAGGCAGCAUGGGGUGGUGGAGGCCUGCAGAGGCCCUGGGCCCAGGAACUGAGACUAGGGCUUUCUCAGGAGGCCUGAUCAAGCUCCCGCAGGUAUGACCUGGCCUCCUCGCCUCGGGCUGCCUUAAAGCACCGCUAACCCACGCCAAGGGGCUAGGCAGGGCUUCGCGGGGCCUGGCCCAAGGUCUCCAGCAGAGCAAUAACAUCUCCCCAGGUUGGGUUGCCACAGACACCCUGCCCUGGAGCCCCCAGCCCAUCCCGUCUGGUGCUACCCUGUCUGCCUGGCAGCCUAGCCUCACCCCUCCUGUCCGGUCACCUGGGGGUCCUUGGUAAGGAUGCCGCCACAUGGGGCCGGUUUAUGCACCUGGGCGAGAACCUGACUGGGGAAGGGGAUGCUCAGGGGCCUGCAGGUCUCCCACAGAGCUGCUUUUCUGCCCGCCUCACCCUGUGGGUUUCUAUUUCUUGCCGGGUCAGAAUAGGCAGUGACUCGUGCCUUCCCUCCUCAGGGCCCGCGGCAGGGUGUGGACCCAGCUGGCCGCUGGACCGCCCCCUUCCUCAUUCUCCAAGCUCAUCAACAGGUCUCAGAGGAACAUUUCCAUAAAAGCUGUGGCCUGGCAUGCAGUGCUGUCUGCACGCUGUCGCUUCCCCCACAGCAACCUGCCGGUCAGCCUUAACUGGUGUGGAGGUGGAGGUGGGGAGGCGGAGGCGGGCUUCCCUCCCUGGUGUCUGUCCUCUUUUUGCUCAGCCCUCAGCACAGCCUUCAGCGUGGAGAGCAAAACCCUGCGUGUCACUGGGGCUUGGCUGAGGUCUCCCUGCAGGAUAACAGUGACUUCAGGAACCCAGACCCCAGUCUGGGCGGCUCUACCUUCCCAGCUGGCCCAGCCCCCACACCACAGUUCCCUGCCACCUCCAGGUGAAAAAGCCUCUGAGGCCACAGCCCAGCUAUGAAGCUGAGUGGCUUUGUGCGGUCUCCUAGGGAAGGGGCAGUGAUGCCAUGCAUGAGAUCCGCUGUGCCGUAAGAAGUUGCUUCCUUUUGAAUUUCUGGUCCAAUGCAGGGAGGUGAGGCCCAGCCUCAUGAUAACACACGCCCAUCAAGGAAAAGCUGUGGCUAAUGCUUCCAAAACAAGUGAAAAUCUUGCACCAGGCCCAGGGCCAUAUCUCAUUCCGCCCCAGCUACUGAGGGAGGGGACAGACUGCUGGAGGACGAUUUCUCCUAGUUACCACUAGGGGUUACAUGGCUACUCAGAAUGAAAGAUAAAUUGCCAGGCCUGUUGCAAUCUUUUUUUUGAGAUGGGAGUCUUGCUCUGUCGCCCAGGCUGGAGUGCAGUGGCACGAUCUCGGCUCACUGCAACCUCCACCUCCCGGGUUCAAGCAAUUCUCCUGCCUCAGCUUCCCGAGUAGCUGGAAUUACAGGUGCCCGCCACCAUGCCUGGCUAAUUUUUGUAUUUUUAGUAGAGACGGCGUUUCACCGUGUUGGCCAGGCUGGUCUCGAACCCCUGACCUCAAAUGAUCUGCCCACCUCGGCCUCCCAAAGUGUUGGGAUUACAGGCGUGAGCCACCUCACCCGGCCCCGUUGCAAUCUUAUUCCACUUCAUUUUCACAGCAGUCCCGGGACAUGCCCAUUAUUAGGCCUAUGUGAUAGAUGAUACUGAGGCUGAGUCAGGGGUCACAAGCCAAAGCCCACACUGCUAGAAGGGCUCAGGACCCAGCCCAGCUCCCGUCCUCUUGGUGGCAUCAAGCUUGUGUCGUAUGAGGUCUUAUGUCUGCUCAUGACAGAUAGCCUUGAAAGCAAUAAACAGAUACAACUUCCAGCAACUUCCCACUCAGCUGCAAGGCUGCGGGGGGUCCUGCCUCGAGCCAUAAGGUGAGCAGCUAGCCAGUGCCGGGCCAGUGUGGAGAAGGCUGAAUUGCCUGUGAAGCUGGGGUUGCAGGCAGGAAUAUUCAUGGAGCCCCUGACCAUGUACUCACACUGCUCUUCCUCAGUUCAGGGUUCUUGGAUUUGCUCAAGUCCACCCAAAUAUCCCUUUACGAUUCUCAGGGUCCCACUCCUUCCAGAGCCAAUGCCCUAAACUUUACAUAAGAGUUCCGGCAAGGCUGUGACUUCAACUUGUGUUGUAACUGCAACCUGCAGAAUCAAAUUUAGGGUUAUGUUUUCAGUUGUAUCAGUCUUAUGGCUACAAGAUAUUAAAGAGAUUCUUUUCUGGUUAUCAAA